AUGGAAGUCCGUGAACACCUCCCCGUCACCCGCACCUCUCUUACCCCCAAUCCCCCACCAGACCGUAAACACCUCCCCGUCACCCACACCCCUCUUACACCCAACCCCCCAUCAGCCCGUGAACACCUCCCCGUCACACGCACCCCUCUUACCCCUGUCACCUACACCCCUUACCCCCGUUACUGCCCGAACACCCCCGUCACCCACAACCCUCCUACUCCCAACCCCCCAACAGUCCGUGAGCACCUCCCCGUCACCCGCACCUCUCUUACCCCCAAUCCCCCACCAGACCGUAAACACCUCCCCGUCACCCACACCCCUCUUACACCCAACCCCCCAACAGCCCGUGAACACCUCCCCAUCACCCGAACCCCUCUUACCCCCAAGCCCCCACGAGCCCGUGAAAGCCUCCCCGUCACCCGCACCCCUCUUACCCCCAACCCCCCACCAGCGCGUGAACGCCUCCCCGUCACCCGCACCCCUCUUACACCCAACCCCCCAUCAGCGCGUGCACACUUCCCCGUCACCCGCACCCCUCUUACCCCUGUCACCUACACCCCUUACCCCGUCACUGCCCGAACACCCCCGUCACCCGCACCCCUCUUACUCCCAACCCCUCACCAGCAUCCACCACCAGCCCGUGAACGCCUCCCCGUCACCCGCACCCCUCUUACCCCUGUCACGUACACCCCUUACCCCGUCACUGCCCGAACACCCCCGUCACCCGCACCCCUCUUACUCCCAACCCCCCACCAGUAUGUGAACACCUCCCCGUCACCCGCACCCCUCUUACCUCCAACCCCCCACCAGCCCGUGAACGCCUCCCUGUCGCCCGCACCCCUCUUACUCCCAACCCCCCAGCAGCCCGUGUACGCCUCCCCGUCACCCGCAGCCCUCUUACACCCAACCCCCCAUCAGCCGGUGAACGCCUCCCCGUCACCCGCACCCCUCUUACACCCAACCCGUCAUCAGCCCGUGAACGCCUCCCCGUCACCCGCACCCCUCUUACCUCUGUCACCUACACCCUUUACGCCCAUAACUGCCAGAACCCCCCGUCACCCGCACCCCCUUACUCCCAACCCCCCACCAGCCCGUAAACACCUCCCCAUCACCCGCACCCCUCUUACCUCCAAGACCCCACCAGCCCGUGAACGCCUCCCCGUCACCUGCACCUCUCUUACCCCCAAGCCCCCAGCAGCCCGUGAACGCCUCCCCAUCACCCACACCCCCCUUACACCCAACCCCCCAUCAGCCCGUGAACGCCUCCCCGUCACCCGCACCCCUCUUACCCCUCUCACCUGCACCCCUCUUACUCCCAACCCCCCACCAGCCCGUGAACACCUCCCCAUCAACCGCACCCCUCUUACCCCAACCCCUUACCAGCCCGUGAACACCUCCCCACCCCCAUCAGGCCAUGAACACCUCCCCAUCACCCGCACCCCUCUUACCCCUGUCACCUACACCCCUUACCCCCGUCACUGCCCGAACACCCCCGUCACCCACAACCCUCCUACUCCCAACCCCCCAACAGUCCAUGAACACCUCCCCGUCACCCGCACCUCUCUUACCCCCAAUCCCCCACCAGACCCAGCAUGUAAACACCUCCCCGUCACCCGCACGCCUCUUACCACCACCCCCCACCAGCCCGUGAACACCUCCCCGUCACCCGCCCCCUCUUACCCCAACCCCCCACCAUCCCAUGAACACCUCACCGUCCCCCGCACCCCUCUUACCCCCAAGCCCCCACCAGCCUGUGAACACCUCCCCGUCACCCGCACCCCUCUUACCCCUGUCACCUACACCCUUUACCCCCCCCGUGAACGCCUCCCCGUCACCCGCACCCCUCUUACCCCUGUCACCUACACCUCUUACCUCCGUCACUGCCCGAACAACCCCGUCACCCGCACCCCUCUUACUCCCAACCCCCCAGCAGCCCGUGAACACCUCCCCGUCACCCGCACCCCGCUUACACCCAACCCCCCAUCAGCACCCCGUGAACGCCUCCCCGUCACCCGCACCCCUCUUACCAUCAACCCCCCACCAGCCCGUGAACGCCUCCCCAUCACCCGCACCCCCCUUACCCCCAACCUCCCACCAGCCCGUGAAGACCUCCCCAUCACCCGCACCCCUCUUACACCUAAACCCCCAUCAGCCCAUGAACACCUCCCCGUCACCCGCACCCCUCUUACCCCUGUCACCUACAUCCCUUACCCACAUCACUGCCCGAAUACCCCCGUCACCCGCACCCCUCUUACCCCCAACCCCCCACCAAUCCCCCGUGAACACCUCCCCAUCACCCGCACCCCUGUAACCCCCAACCCCCCACCAGCACGUGAACAACUCCCCGUCACCCGCACCCUUCUUACCCCCAACCCCCCAACAGCCCGUGAACGCCUCCCCGUCACCCGCACCCCUCUUACCCCCAAGCCCCCAUCAGCCCGUGAACGCCUCCCCGUCACCCGCACCCCUCUUACCCCUGUCACCUACACCUCUUACCCCCGUCACUGCCCGAACAACCCCGUCACCCGCACCCCUCUUACUCCCAACCCCUUACCAGCCCGUGAACACCUCCCCGUCACCCGCACCCCUCUUGCCCCCAAACCCCCACCAGCCCGUUAA